AAUCACCAAAAGUCAAAAUGAGAACAUCUUAGGGGGGCGGAGGGAGUACAUUUUAUUUUGUAGAAUUUUUUAUUACAUUUUAUUUUGUAGAAUUUUUUAUGUUUUUCUUAAUGUGCCAAUUUUAUUUUAUAUUUUUAUAUUAAUCUUUAAAUAAAACUGAAAUAAAAAAUUUAAGGGAAAAUGGUGCUUUCCCUCACCUCCGCCGCUCCGAAUCUACUCCGCCAUCAACCGAACAGCGCCGAUCGCAGCUUCAGGUUUCUCAGCCUCGGCAAUUCCCACCAUCUCCGAUUCACCAAGAGUUUAACCAUCUUUGCUAACAACAACCAUAUCAGUUAUCCCUCGGUCCACCGCAACUUGAAUCUACCUGCCGCGGCGGCGGUGACCCCCGGCGACAUUUUCCGGCAACUUGUAGCUUCCUCUGUUCUCUUCUUAGGUCUUGGUUUCACCUUUCGCGCCUCCGCUUGCCCCGCAGUUGCUCCUCCUCUCACUUCAUCAGAGGCCCAUCCUCUAGACACUGAACCCCAAGACAAUGGUGAAGGGAGACAAACGACAGAUGUGGUUGAUUUUGAAGAUGAAGAGCUUCAAGCUGCAUUUGAGAAAUGGAAGACCAAGACAUAUGCUUUGACAGUUCCUCUAAGAAUCGUUUCCUUUAACAACUCAUUUCCUCCUAUAUGGAUCAAAGACUUUCUGCAUGCUCAAGGGAGGAAAGUGAAAAUAUGUCCAGAGUUUUGGCAUAGCUGUCAAGAUAUUUUUCAUGAACUUCGUAUAGCAUUCGAGAAAGGAGUUGUUAAUAAAAAAUCUGCAGUGGUAGCUGAUGUCAUAGCUCUUGGUGAUGCAUGGCUUACUUUUUCAAUUAAGCAUGGCUUAAUUGAACCAAUGCAAGGGGUAGAAGACCAAGAAUGGUUUAUUAAUAGGUUAAGUGACAAAUGGAAGGCGUAUUUACGAAGGAGUAGUGAUGGGAGACUAGAUUCUCAGGGGAAGAUAUGGUCUGCUCCCUUCAGGUGGGGAAGCGUCGUAAUAGUUUACAAGAAAAGAGAAUUUCGCAAGCAUAACUUAGCUCCUAUUAAUGACUGGGAUGAUUUGUGGCGGCCUGAGCUUGCAGGAAGGAUUUCUAUGGUUGAUUCACCACGGGAAAUAAUUGGCGCAGUUUUGAAAUAUAUGGGUGUAUCUUAUAACACUAAAGAUUUGGACUCUGAGGUUACAGGUGGGCGAAAUGCUGUUCAGCAGAACCUUGCAUCACUAGUUAAACAGGUUCGGCUAUUUGACAGUAGAAACUAUCUUAAAGCCUUUGGUGUGGAAGAUGUAUGGGUAGCCGUUGGAUGGAGUAGCGAUGUGAUUCCUGCUGCAAGGCGGAUUUCAAAUGUUGCAGUAAUUGUUCCAAAAUCCGGCGCAAGUUUGUGGGCUGAUUUCUGGGCAAUACCGGCGGCAACAAGACUUGCAUCAUCAGAUGAACUUGGGGGAAGAGUGAGAGGGCCCUCGCCGCUAGUGCACCAGUGGAUAGACUUCUGUUUACAGUCCGAGAGACAGUCGCCCUUCAAUAAAGGGGUCAUACCCGGUGCAACUCCACGGAGACUUGAAACCCCAACGCCGGUCUUAGAAGAAGAAGAAGAGGAAGGGCUCGGAAAGAGGAGGCCGAAACUUGACACUAACCUCACUGCUUCCGGUGUCCCUCCGCCGGAGAUCUUGUCGAGAUGUGAGUUUCUAGAGCCGUUGUCGGACAAGGCACUCUCAGACUACCAAUGGCUGAUUAGCAGUGUGCAUAAAGAAGAGUCUUCUGGUUCCAGUUUUAUGGGAAGAACACUGCAGAAUGUUCUCUCUCUUUUCACAAACUCUUUUCUUAGAGUGGCCAAGUCAAAGGAUGUGUGACAUUACAAAAACCAAAUUGGUGAAGAUCACUCUCUCAUGUGUUUGUUCAAAAACUUGUCAUUUGUUGUUUUUAAAAAAAAAUGUAGUCAUUUGUUGUGAAUGAAUUAAUGUAUCAUAU